CUCAUCUCGUUGCCAGCUAGAAACGCUUGCAGUCUUAGGAAUUUAAGGAAAGAACGGUAAAUCCGGUAUCGCCAAGCUCCCCGCUACUUAUGCAUACUACUGAGUAAGAACAUCGUCAUACUGUCAGCAGCACAAUCCACAAAACCAAAAGCGGAUUUGAACUACUGCAAACCUGCACAAAUAUAUUUCCCGACGAAGUGCAACUCGUGCAGAGAUCAGCGGAAGAGCAGGAAUAGAGAUAGAUUCCGACUGAGACUUCGAAACUAUAAGAACUUACAUUCGUGACCGAAAAAUCACGGGAAAUUCCUCGCCAAUCUUCUAUUGAAUUUGGCCAAGUAGCGAAACUUAACAGACGUAUCUCUGCUCGAUCAUCGCCAUGUCGGAAAUCACAACAACAAAGCCAGCUAAGAUCGUCGUCCAGUCUCUCAUCAAUGCUGGCGUCAAGAUGGUCUUCGGAAUUCCAGGUGCGAAAAUCGACGCCCUUUUCAAUGAGCUACUGGAUCAUCCUGAAAUCAGACUCAUCGUUUGUCGUCAUGAGCAAAACGCUGCAUUCAUCGCCGCUGCCAUCGGACGAUUGACGGGUGUUCCAGGAGUCUGUGUUGCAACAUCUGGUCCUGGUGGAACCAAUUUGGUCACUGCUCUUGCGACAGCCAACACGGAAGGAGAUCCGGUUGUAGCAUUGGUAGGGUCAGUACCUCGAAGUAUGUCCGCAGCAAGAACGCACCAGUCCAUGCAUCUGAUGGAAGUUAUCGCCCCUAUCGCCAAGAAGACGCAGGCCAUCGAUCACCAAGACCAGGUUGCCGACAUCAUCCUCGAUGCAUUUAGAACAGCGGGGACAUUUCCUCAAGGAGUGUCAGCUAUUGCUCUUCCACUCGACAUCAUGAGCGCAUACUCAACCAGGUUUCAAGCAUUCCCUAACAAAGCAUUCAAACCUCCAGUCUACGGGUCUGCACCACCCGAUUUGAUAGCCAACCUCGUGGUUUUGAUUGAGUCUGCCAAACUCCCGGUCCUACUUCUAGGGAUGCGUGCGAGUGAUCCCGCCACAGUUUCGAGUAUCCACAUACUCCUCAAAAAGCACCCAAUUCCUGUCUUAGAGACAUUCCAAGCAGCUGGUUGUAUCUCCCGCGACCUGGAGCACCUCUACUUUGGGCGGCUUGGCCUUUUCCGUAACCAGCCUGGAGACCGGCUGCUAGCCAAGUCUGACUUGGUCAUUACAGUUGGGUACGAUCCCACAGAGUAUGACCCUGCGUCAUGGAACGUCAAUGGAAGCAUGAAUAUUGUCCACUUGGAUGUUAAGAGCAGCGAUUACACCUAUUACUACCAACCAGAACUCGAACUGGUUGGUCGUAUCGGGUCUACUCUUGAUUCUCUGACAGCCCAACUGAAAGCGAAAACGAAGACAGCCAGCCACGAUAUCUGUUCUGCAAUAUCCACCGAAUUCCACGCCUGGAAAAAGACAACCUAUGUUACUCCAACGGCGAAUAGUGUACUCGUACACCCAUUACAUCUCAUAUCGACUCUGCAGAGCCUAGUCCUCGACACCACCGUGGUGUGCUGUGAUGUUGGAACAGUCUAUAUCUACAUGUCGCGUUACUUCUUCUCCUAUUUACCACGGCACUUCUUGGUUUCGAAUGGUCAACAAACUCUUGGAGUUGCUCUUCCUUGGGCAAUCGCCGCCUCGCUUAUUCAGUCCCCCAGCGAUCCCACCAAACGAGAGAAAGUCAUCAGCAUGUCUGGUGAUGGUGGCUUUAUGUUCACCUCACAAGAACUUUCGACUGCUGUGCAGCAAGAGUGCGAUAUCACGCAUUUCAUCUGGAAUGAUGGCACCUUCAACAUGGUUGCAUUUCAGGAAGAGGCCAAAUACGGACGCACAGCAGGUAUUGAGCUUGGUGGUGUGGACUUCGUCAAAUUUGCCGAAGCGUUCGGGGCCAAGGGAUUUCGGGUCGAGAAAGCCGAGGAUCUGGAGCGCGUGAUGAAGGAGGCGUUGGCCUACAGGGGAGUUAGUAUUGUGGAUAUUCCGAUUGAUUAUUCACAUGUCUCGGAAUUGAUGGGAAACAUUAUUGGGAAGGAUUUUAACUGAAUACGAGCGGGAUGUUUGGGACCAUGGCACAAGAACUGGAAUCGAAACCUAGAAUAAUAGUGUUUUCUUCCAAGAGAGCAGAACCGAAAAGGGUGGUGCAAAAUGUGUCCUGACGAUCGCAGAAGCAAAGCUUAGCCAACAAUCUUCUAUCAUCU